AAGAUUAGGGGCGUGUGCCUUGACCGCAGUAAAAUGACUGCUAUGGCAGGUCUGCUCUCUUUCAGCGCAACGAACAAAUCAUAGAAACGAAAACGAUGAUAAGUAUUUCAGGAUAUUAUGCGAACAACAGCCACGGGGAACGCAGAGCACUUGACGUGAAACGGAGACUAUAAUACCACAGGAAAGGAACACACGUCUGUCCAUUAUUUAUCUCCACCAUUUUGGUUGUCAGUGAUGGAGUACAUCCGGACGCCCAAGGUGGAAAAUGUGCGUCUCCUGGGCAGGUCGAAGGGCCAGAGAAAAGCCAGCGUGGGGACACUCUACCUUUCAGCAACACAUUCAAUGUUUAUAGAGAACAACCCUGAGACACGCAAGGAGACAUGGCAACUAGAUUGUUUGUUUCAGGUCUUACACAGCAUGGUAAGCAGUGUGGAGAGGUUGCCCACCACACCCGCUGGUUGUCAGCUGAUCUUGCGUUGCAAAGAUUUCAGGAUCUUCCAGCUUCUCAUCCAACAGGAGAAAGACUGUUUCGAUGUUCACACCUCAUUGUUGCGGUUAUCACGACCAGAAAAGUACAGUGAGCUGUACUGUCUGUCCUUCAAUCCCAAUAUUAACAAGGAGGAGAGACAAGAGUCAUGGAACUUCAUAGACCUCAUGGCCGACUACAAAAGAAUGGGAGUUCCAAAUAACCUCUGGGUUGCUUCAGCAGCCAACAGUGACUACAGGAUAUGUGAAACGUAUCCAUCAGAGCUAUUUAUUCCAAAGUCAGCCACACCUACCGUCAUUGUGGGCAGCUCAAGGUUCAGGAGCCGAGGACGAUUUCCUGCUCUCUCGUACUUUCACCAUGACACCCUGGCUGCAGUGUGCCGGUGUAGUCAACCACUGUCGGGCUUCAGUGGACGUUGUCAGGAGGAUGAGUUGAUGCUGCAAGCUGUGAUGAAAUCCAACCCUGGAAGCGCCUACAUUUAUGUGGUGGAUACAAGGCCUAAGCUGAAUGCCAUGGCAAACAGAGCUGCCGGUAAAGGCUAUGAGAAUGAGGACCAUUACACCAACAUCAAGCUUCACUUCAUUGGCAUAGAAAAUAUUCAUGUGAUGAGGAACAGCCAACAGAAAAUGAUUGAUGUGGGCGAAAUGCGAUCGGCAUCAAUGACUGACUUCCUCUGGGGUCUGGAAAACUCUGGUUGGCUGAAACACAUUAAAGCUAUUCUCGAUGCUGGAGUCUUCAUCGCUAGGGCGGUGGCUGAUGAAGGGGUCAGUGUGUUGGUCCACUGUUCAGAUGGCUGGGAUCGGACAGCUCAGGCCUGUUCUGUUGCCAGUGUACUGUUGGACCCAUUUUAUCGAACCAUCAAAGGAAUGAUGGCUCUGAUAGAAAGAGACUGGGUUUCGUUUGGUCACAAGUUCUCCCACAGGUAUGCCCACUUGGAUGGCGAUCCUAAAGAGGUGUCCCCAGUUAUUGAUCAGUUCUUGGAAUGUGUGUGGCAGCUGUCUCAGCAGUUUCCAUGUGCCUUUGAGUUUAACGAGUGCUUCCUUAUUGCUAUACACACACACGUCUACUCCUGCCAUUAUGGGACCUUCCUGGGCAACUGUCAGAAGGAACGCAAGGGUAUGAGGCUUCAUGAGCGGAGUCAUUCUGUGUGGCCUCAGCUGUGGAAGGAUAGAGCGGAUUUUACCAAUCCAUUGUACAAGGCCGAGCAGAGUCAGUGUCAGGGUGUCCUGAGACCUAACACCACCCCCUACUGUUUUAAAAUGUGGAAGGGACUCUACAACCACGUGGAGCGGUCGACGCCUCCUUACCAGUCACCUGCAGACUUGCUGUCUGCUGUGAGGGAGGAGUCCCAGCAGCUGGAGGAGGAACUGACCAAUCACCAGGAGAGGAUAACCGUGCUAACAGGGAAGCCAAUAAUGUGGGAGAAAGUUGUGGUUAAAAGGAGAACUCAGCACGUGCAGCAGAGACACUGUGGACCGGACCCAACCACCACAUACACAAUCCCAGUCACCAGCCCCGCACAGGACCACAGGAGCUUUGUACCGGCCAAUCAGAACGCUAAGGUAAAGGACCCUGCUCUCAGUCUGCCUCUAGGCCAGCCCAUCCAAGUCAAGCACCUCAACACAGAUGACAGCUCUAUCAGCGGCGACCUGGAGUCAGGCGUGGCUGACCUCAGCAGCCGAUCAUCCAGCGCUGGGGAAGAGUGCAAGGACCCGGAGACGUACGUGUUAGACUUCACUACUGGCUGACUCAAAGCUUACAAAACAAAAUGGAAGAAGACUGCAAGACUGCUCUGUUCGCAUUAUUUUAUUUGCAUGGUUUUCUUUAUUGACUAAGGUAUUUUAUGUUUUGUCAUAUUUAAGACCAGAAAAGCUUUUUUAUUUCUCUACAAAAGUUGUGCGCUAAUUCGCUGUCAUUUGUACUUUAAGAAAUGCACUUUUACUAUGGGGACGUUAUACAUUUCAUGCAAGCUGAUUGAAAUAUUGCAUGAUACAAUUUUUACAUUAUGGUAAGGAAGCUGCUGCUCCAUUAACAGGUUAAUUCAAAUUUCUUUUUGACACUUGCUUCUGUAACCAUGUUAUAGUGAAGCCAUAUAAGCUAUAACAGCCUUCUGUGUUGGGAAAUAGAGUCUGAAGUCAGACUUGUGUUUGGUCAUCAUAGUCUUCAUCUAAACAACGCAGAAAGAGGUAAAAUUAAUAUCAAACAUUUGUCAUGUAGUUUUAACAUUGGAAAGACAUUGUGCUGGCCAUUUAUUUGUGCUAUUUUACUGUAAUGUAACCUGUAGGAGUCACAACCUUAAACAAGAACAAAAUAUGUUUGCAUCAACAGAUGAUAAUAACCAGGUCCCCCCCCCCCGUGUCAUUUUGUGCAAUAUAAUUUAUGUUUCUGUGUACUGAGUAACAUUCUCAUAUUGUACUGUGCUUUACCAUUUGAGUGCAUCAAGGUGUUACUCUUCAGAGUAAUAAUCUAAACUUAAGCCUGUCUUCUGUCGUGUUUCCCCCAUUCCUGAAUUAAGACAUGCCGUUCUGUCAACCUGCUAUCUGCACUGUUUUAAUGGAUUGUGUGUAUUUGGAAUACAGCAAGUCAAGCAUUUUAACACUUGACCUUGUUGUUUGGGGGUUUUUUUUCUGACUGACAAGGGACACCUAUAAUUUGGCUCCAGAUGAGCAUGCUGCUUCACUGCAGGUGGGUAGACGAUUUAGAAAGCACUGCUGUAUUCCCCAACAAAUGUUGUGGAGCAUUACCAAGCUGGUAUAACGGUAGGACCAACUUGCCAGCUGUCUUUUUAUGUCUGUGCCGUAGAGCCAGAAGAGGCUGUACAGAUGCACAAUAUCAGUUGAGCUCAAUUUCCCAACAUAACAUUUCAGAACAAUACUGUGAACCAAAUAUGGGAAAACCUUGUAGGCCAGCAAAAUAAAUUCAAAUUGUGUAAAGAGAGGAACAGCUGAUCAAUGCCAUUUCCUUCUUACGCAAAAUUAUGCUGGCGCCUUGAUGUGUGUGUAUUUGUUCUGUAUUAAUGCUAAAUUAAUAAACGUUCUCUUUCAGGUG